GCCGUGCUGCUAGCCGAAAUGAAGUUGAAUCGUAGUAUGUGCGUUUUAGCAUUCUAGAGUAGUUUUUUGACGCAGUGAUAGAUAAGAGUGAAAAAAAUUGACCAGUUGAAGCUUGCAAAGUACGAAGAGAUGUCUCUGAAUCAGUAUAUGCACCCUCGCAAUCCUUUCCAGUCGCGUCCAAACUUCAGGGAGCUGGCACUUCAGUACCCGGAUUUUCGAAAGCAUGUAACCUACAACCUAUGUGGCAAGGUACAGCUGGACUUCCGCGAUCGCAAUGCCCAACAGGCACUCUUCAGAACAUUACUUAAACAUUACUACAAGAUGGAUGUAAAUAUUCUUGAUGGCCAUCUUGUACCUGCUAUCCCUCAAAGGCUCAACUACUUGCUUUGGGUGGAAGACCUCUUGCAGCUUCUCCCCACCACAGAGAGGACCAUCCGAGGCAUUGACAUUGGGACGGGUUCAUCGUGUAUCCUGUGCUUGUUGGGUCACAAGCAGUGCGGAUGGGACUUUGUGGCGGUGGAAGUAGACGACGCUGCGGCAACUUGUGCACGGGAGAAUGUUCAUCGCAACGAACUUGACGCCCACAUUAAAGUGGUAAAGGCGUCCACAAUUGGUGAAGUUAUGGAGCCGGAAAUGCAGAUGGCAUUUGUCACCUGCAAUCCACCUUUCUAUUCAUCACAAGACGAAGCAGAGGCCACACCAAAGGCAAUACAAGAAGGGCGUCAACCACCAUCUUCGGACAUGGGCGGUACAACUCAGGAAAAGGUUUGGGGUCCUGGAGGAGAGGUAGCUUUUGUUAAGGACCUCAUACAGGAAAGCCUACAGCUGACUACCGCAGUUAGUAUAUACACAGUCAUGAUUGGGAAGAAGAAAAGUAGCAAAGAGAUCCUGAAGGAGCUUCGUCGCCAUAACAUUAAGUGCACUACAACGGAACUUUGCCAAGGCAAGACAAUGCGAUGGGGAGUAGCAUGGACGUUCCUCGACAUCGACUUUGCAAAUGUGACAUACCCGAAACGUCCAAAACCAAAGCCUCCCCUGGAAUGGGUUCUACCUCACGGAGCCAAAGUCCCAGACGUGUUCGCUGCCAUCUGCAAAGCCCUGCGUGAAAUUGAGGUCCCUUUCGACGUUGUGAAGGAGAACAAGAACAUGAGCCAUUUAUGGGUGCGAGCGCAAAAAGACUCCUGGUCACACCAACGGCGCAAACGUAGGGAGAUGCUACGCUCCGAGACUAGCAGCCCCCCAAAAAAGAUGCACCGUGGAGAGCCUACGGAGCCUGACGCCGUACCCGCAGAUGCAGCACCCAGAGAGGAAGGAUUGACGUCCGUCGGAGAAGUAGCUACAUCUACGGCGUUAUCCGUACCCGACAGCCCUUGUGAGGAGAUUGAGCUGGUACUCAGUUGUGACAUCAAAGUACAGCGCACUGACACAGCUGCGACCGUUCAUCUACAGACGAGGCACGGAGAACGUGAGAUGCUGCACAGGUUGUUGCAGUUUCUUAAGAAUAAAGUCUCAUAGCAGACACAAACUGCUAUAAAA